AGGCGGAGCUGCUCCUCUGUUGGAUUUUAAAGAUGGCGGCGGGCGGCUUGCGGUUUUUCGCGUCGCUGCCUCAUUGUAUCAGCUCGGUUCGGACGCCAUGAACGGCUCGGUACCGGAUGCCUCGCGUGAACCGGACGCUCGUGUUUGGGCUGCUGCUCGUGAGCAGCUGCGCGUUCCUGCUCUUCCAGCUCUAUUACUACCGGAACUACGUCAGCAAGGCCACCUCUCCCCAUUCCGUAUACCAAGGUCUAAAGCUGUGUCUGUGUUGCAGCACACUGGUCUUCUCCUGAACCCUGCAGGUCAUGUGACCUCCAGCCAAGCCCAAUGGCAGACCCUGAAGAAGUUCCUGGGGUUGGCGCAGUACUUCCGGCUGCCUCUGUUCCUCGCCGACACCGCCGCGCUGGCUCUGCUCUCCCAGGACGCUCUGCGGCAGCGCGACCGCAUGACGCGGGAGCCGCACUGCAGCUUCCUGUGCACCGGCCGGCCAAUCGCAUCCUUUGCUCUGCAGGCCAACCAAUGGAAGCACAGCGCCGGCUUCCUAUUGGCCGCUGAACAGAAAGGCUUCGAGCUGCUGGAGGUGCGAGGACACGACCCCCGACUGGGCAGUCUGGACACCCUGUCAGGAGAGGAGAUCCCCCUGCACUUCCUGUUCCGCCUCCACGGUUACAUCAUCCAUGUGGUGCUCCUGUACGAGCGCAGCGGGAACUACCUGUGGCACGGCGCCCUGCGUCUAAAGGCCAACAUGGACCGCAGCUUCGCUCCCUUCAAGCUGCUGGACUACGGACGCCACGCCGGCGCCUACGAUCGGCCGGAGCUGAUCCUCACAGUCAUUGACGGCCUUGACGUUCGUAUCCCUCGCAACAUUUCCCGUUUCCUGACGCAGCAGGAACAGGCGCGGUUCCUGGAGUGCCGUUACCAUGACGCCCGCAGCUUCCUGCAGCUUUACCCUGAUGACUCCUCAGCGGCUGCCAUCGAGUUCCGCAGGAAAGCGAAGACGUUGCUGACUUUAGCAGCUCGGACCCUGGGCCAGCUGGACGUCCCGUUCUGGAUCAGCAGUGGAACCUGUCUGGGAUGGUUCCGGCAGUGCAGCAUCAUCUCCUACAGCCGGGACGUGGACAUCGGGAUCUUCAUCGCAGACUUCAGGCCCAACAUGGUGGCGGCCUUCAGAGACGCGGGGCUGUCGCUCAAACACAAGUUUGGAAAGGUGGAGGACAGCCUGGAGCUGUCCUUUCUGGGUGAGGACGUCAAGCUGGACAUUUUCUUCUUCUACAGAGAAGGAGACGUGGUGUGGAAUGGAGGAACGCAGGCGAAAAGCGGCAGGAAGUUCAAGUACGUCUUCCCUUCCUUCUCGCUGUGCUGGGCGGAGCUUCUAGAGGUCAAAGUUCGUGUUCCUUGUGAAACGUUGGAUUACGUGAUGGCAAACUACGGCGCCUCCUGGAACGUUCCGGUGAAGAGCUGGGAUUGGAAGUCGUCACCUAGCAACGUGAUGGAAAACGGGGUGUGGCCUAUUGCGGAGUGGGCGGGUCUCAUCCAGGUGUACUGAGAGGAGACGGAGCGGACAUUUUGUUUUUUUGUUUUUUUACAUCAUGUAUGUUAAACACUGGAUUUGAAAAUAAAGUUUUACUAUAA